AUGAAUACAUAAAUUUCAUUGAUCAUAAUAUCAUUCCUUUUUACCCUUAUUCAAAUUUCAUUUGGAGUAGAGGAAACUUGUAAGUCUGGUUAGACCAAUUGUCAAUCGAGCAAAGUUUUAAGCUUUGAUGAAUCGAAACUCUAUUAUAUAAAAAAUCCAAAUGGAUACUUAUGCAUUAAUAAGGGGGUUUUUAGUUUAGGUGAGAUUUUCAAUUAAGCUCUUAGGUGACCCAAAGAAAUAACUAAAUAAUUGCUUAUUUAAAUUUAGAUACACAGAAUAUGGCUAUUAUACAAUAUAAAUGUUUGCUACUGAUGAAUAUAUCACUACAGAAAAUAAGGGUUUUCAAGAUUCAUAAUCUCAAACAUUUAAUACUUUUAAGUUCGUAUUAUUGAAUAAUGGUUGGUAUGAAGUUAUAUGUAGACUUACAUCCAACUUUUGGGAAUUAAAAAUAAAUUCAAAUAAUAAAUAUGUAUAUUAUACUUCUUAGAGAACACAAGAAACUAACUAAUCGUUUAGAGUUGAAGAAUAUUAAGAAUGA